AUGCUACUCUUUUUUGCGUAUAUGAGUCAAGAAUUCAUCCAGGAGCCACUGAUUGAGGCGGAGCACAGGAGGACUGGACUGAUUGAUCCACAUGCUGGGUAUCAUAGUUUUGCCAUCCUCUACUUUUUUUUCACCAUCGCAUGUCUUCUCAUCGCCCCAAUCGUGGAAACCAUCACUGCCAAAUGGUCAAUGGUCAUUGGCUUUAUGGCAUACGUUCUGUUCCAGGCUGGAUUUAUCUGGCUGAAUAGUGCAUAUUUGUAUGUGACCUCUGCCAUUUUGGGAGUUGGAGCGGCGUUCUUGUGGGUCGGCCAGGGAAAGUAUCUAACGGAGAAUUGCACAGGGAAGACCAUCGAAAGGAACACUGCACUUACUUGGCUCAUAUUUAAAUUUUCACUGCUCGGCGGUGGAAUCUUCCUCUUCUUCAUGUUCCAAAACCAAACCAUGACCGAGCUAGUGGCUACUGGAGGAUACAAAAUAUUCGUCUACAUCUUCUGCUCCAUCACCUUCCUGGGAUGCCUUAAUACCGUAUUCCUGCCCGUUUCAGCAUAUCUACCAGAGAAAAAAGAAAAGGAGACUUUGGCACAAACUUUAAGUGCAACCUUCAAAAUAAUGCGACAACCUCCAAUGCUUUUGCUCUCCUUUAUAUUCCUUUAUACCGGAUUCUCCAGAUCUUUUUGGAUUGCCAUCUACCCAACAUGCAUUAAAUUCACUACCCAACUCGGUGAGAACACUUCUAAACUCCUUGCCAUCAGUUGCAUUGCCACUGGAAUCGGUCAGAUCUUGGCUGGUGGAAUCUUUUCGAUCAUCGGAAAGCGUGCAAGAAUUAUCGGGAAGGAUUGGAUAUGUGUGAUUGCCUGUUGCAUUCAUUUGGCUAUUUUCGUGGCGAUUUUCUUGUUCUUCCCUUCAGAUGCACCACUUCACCCGACCGAUAAGAUUGGUUAUUUUCAGCCAAAUGUCCACGUCGCCAUCGUCUGCUCAGGUCUGCUUGGUUUCGGAGAUGCCAUAAUUCAGACUCAAGUUUACUCAUAUCUAUGUGAUGGGUACUCCGAGGAGUCGUCUCAUGCAUUUGCUCUGUUCAAGUUUUAUAGUGCCAUUUCCUCCACAAUCGCCUUCUUCAUCUCCAAAUACUUCACUCUGACCGGUCAUCUCGUUCUCUAUGGCUCCUUCGCCAUUCUGUCCGCCAUCACCGCCGUCAUCGCUCAAAAAAUGUAUUUCCACAAAACGCAACAUUUCUUUCAAGAAAACACCUCAAAAAUCCAUCCGAUGAUAUCAUCCGAGCCAAUUAAGAUACAAAUCACGGAUAGCGGAUCGACGAUUAGCAACAUGCCUUCUUUCCCGGUGAAAGGGAAAGAGGCUAAUUGA